AUGGAUGUGACAUCAGUGGGGAGGCCAGCAGUAAGACGAUUGGACCGAAGGCUUAGCACCUCAAAGGCAUCAAGCUUGCCAAGUAUGUUGGAGGGCAUAGGACCAAACAGUCCUACUACAGGCACAAUACCUACUUCCCUAGCUUCAAAACUAGCGUUCCUCGACCUGUCGUACAACUCAUUUGUCGGAGAAAUCCCAUUGAAAGUGCAGAAUAUGACUGGGCUUAUUGGGCUGUCUCUCCAGAACAACUCACUUUCUGGACCCAUCCCUGAUCUUCACCUCCCAAAACUGAGGAACUGCACCACCUCCUCCCAAUGCUCCAACUGCCCGGACAGGGGUCAGAAACCUCUCAAAAUUGCAGUGGUUGCUGUAGGCACAGUUAUAUUAUUGAUAAUAAUGGUCAUUCUCGUGGUAUGCACCUGCAAGAGGAAGAGAUACAAGCCAGAAUACAGCAAUGGUUAUCAUGUCCAGGAGCCUGAAGCUGUGGGAAGAGCCAAGAAAUCCAAGCCAGAAUACAGCAGUGGUUAUCAUGUCCAGGAGCCUGAAGUUGUGGGAAGAGCCAAGAAAUCCAAGCUAGAAUACAGCGGUGGUAUAGAAGCAGAGAGGAACAAGCUAGUUUUCUUUGAGGGUUGUUCAUAUGAUUUCGACUUGGAUGAUCUGGUGAGGGCUUCAGGUGAAGUCCUUGGAAAAGGAACCUACGGUCCGACCUACAAAGCUGGUCUUGAGGAUGGCACGACAGUGGUGGUCAAGAGGCUGAAGGAGGUGGUGGUAGGAAAGAAGGUAUUCGAGAGCAGAUGGAGAUAA